AUGCUUCGUGGCAUGCAGUCUCUCCCCAAGCUCUCAGCACCUCAACGUUCUAUCAUUUCACCAAAUGGCACAGCACUCGAUAUUACGACUGUUUAUCACUUCGACCAGCUCAUCGACCACGAUAAUCCAGGCCUCGGAACCUUCAAGCAACGAUAUUGGAUGAACUGGGAGUGUUAUAAACCUGGCGGUCCCAUUAUAUUGAUGACGCCUGGAGAAGUGGAUGCAGAUGGAUACGAAGGCUACACCACCAACGACACGAUUAACGGUCUCAUCGCCCAACAACAAAAUGGUGCAGCCAUCCUCAUCGAGCACCGUUUCUUUGGUUAUUCCAAUCCAUACGACAACCUCACGCCAAAAUCCCUAGCUCUCCUCACCAUCCAGCAGGCUAUCGAUGAUCUCGUAUAUUUUGCCACCACAGCCGACCUUCCUAUGCCUGGUGGUGAUGCUGUGAAACCAGGUCAGGCUCCAUGGAUAUUGAUCGGAGGAAGCUACUCGGGAGGCCUCACAAGUUGGACAAUGGUCAACAAACCGAAAAUUUUCUGGGCUGCAUAUGCAUCUUCUGCCGUCGUAGAAGCCAUCACCGACUUUUAUGGUUAUUUCACACCUAUUCGCGAGUACAUGCCACAGAAUUGUUCAUCUGAUGUACAGGCAGUGGUUGCAUACUUGGAUGAGAUGUUCACGGUUAAUGACACCGCUGGAAUUCAGACGCUCAAGGAAACAUUUGGCCUCGGUGAUGUUGUACACGUAGACGAUUUCGCCAGUGCACUCCUAUACACCUUGUACGAGUGGCAAUCUCUGCAGCCUGACGUUGGCCCAGGGGCAAUGUUCUUCCAGUUCUGUGAUGCACUCGAGGUCAAGAACGGCGUCAGUGCCGGACCUGAAGGAUGGGGACUUGAACACGCCAUCUACUCUUGGGGAAACUUCUGGAAUACCACAUACUACAACUCUGCUAGAACCUGUCUUGGGACGUAUAACACGAGUCAGUCCUACUGGACUGAUGUUACCGUGAACAAUCCAACCAGGUCGUGGUUUUGGAUAGUGUGCAAUCAAGUCGGAUGGUACCAGGUUAGCCCCCCUGAAGGCCAGCCCGCAAUUGUGAGCCGCAUCCUCCAACCCAUUUACGAGGAGCGCCAAUGCGUGAACAUGUUUCCUCAAGCGUUUGCCUAUCCACCUCAUCCGACCACUACACAAACCGACACGAUGUAUGCCGGUUGGAACGUGAAUGUUCCACGUCUCUUCUUCGCCAACGGCCUGCGCGACCCUUGGCGUGAAGCAACUGUCUCUGCUGAUGGACUGAAUAAGCCUAGUGAUCCUAACAUGCCGAUCUAUGAGAGCGAUGGAUUCCACUGCUCAGAUCUAAUCACGGAGAAUGGUUAUGUAGACCCGACCGUUGCAGCCGUGCAGGAAGCAGCAUUAAUGUACAUGCACGAGUGGCUUGCUGAGUGGAAACCUAAUGCUUGA